GAAAUUCGAGUUGCAUUGAAUUGAAUUGAAUACCAGACCAGACCAGAAACACCGGUGUCUCGGUUUGGUUUUAGCGAUCGAAUAUUAUCGAAUAUCGCCGCAGCCAGUCACCGCCAGCCAGCCAGCCAGCCAGCUGCGAUGGCGAUUGCGGCGUCAGGUCAGCUCAACCUUACCGAAUCCUCUGCUUGGGGAUCAAGAAGCGUAGACUGCUUCGAGAAAUUGGAACAGAUCGGUGAAGGUACAUACGGCCAAGUUUACAUGGCAAAAGAGAUUAGAACUGGGGAAAUCGUUGCUUUGAAGAAAAUUAGAAUGGACAAUGAACGAGAAGGAUUUCCCAUCACUGCCAUUCGCGAAAUCAAAAUUUUAAAGAAGUUGCACCACGAAAACGUAAUCAAGCUUAAGGAAAUUGUUACAUCUCCAGGUGGUGAAAGGGGGGAAGACCAGGGAAGGCCAGAUGGUAACAAGUACAAAGGUGGAAUCUACAUGGUUUUCGAAUACAUGGAUCACGACUUGACAGGUCUUGCGGAUCGCCCCGAGAUGAGAUUUUCAGUUCCCCAAAUAAAGUGCUAUAUGCGACAACUUUUAACCGGGCUUCACUAUUGUCAUGUGAACCAAGUUCUUCAUCGUGAUAUCAAGGGUUCCAAUCUUCUGAUAGAUAAUGAGGGGAUCUUGAAGCUUGCUGAUUUUGGGCUUGCGCGGUCGUUCUCGAAUGAUCACAAUGGAAAUCUUACGAAUCGUGUAAUCACCUUAUGGUAUCGACCCCCGGAAUUGCUUCUGGGAACCACAAGGUAUGGUCCAGCUGUUGAUUUGUGGUCUGUAGGGUGUAUAUUUGCUGAACUUCUUCAUGGAAAACCAAUUUUUCCUGGGAAAGACGAGCCAGAGCAAUUGACUAAGAUCUUUGAGUUGUGUGGAGCACCGGACGAAUCUAUUUGGCCUGGGGUUACAAAGAUGCCAUGGUAUAACAAUUUCAAACCUGCAAGGCCGAUGAAGAGACGUCUCAGGGAGGUUUUCAGACACUUUGAUCGAAAUGCUUUGGAUUUACUGAAUAAGAUGUUGACUCUUGAUCCCUCUCAGAGAAUAUCGGCAAAGGAUGCACUUGAUGCGGAAUACUUUUGGACGGAUCCAUUGCCAUGUGAUCCCAAGACUUUACCAAAAUAUGAAAGUUCACACGAGUUCCAAACAAAGAAAAAGCGACAGCUAGUAAGACAACAGGAAGAGAAUGCAAAACGUCAGAAACUGCAACAGCAGCAGUCUCGAGUUCCACCGGGUCAACAACAGUCUGGACAAAUACGUCCUGCACAACAGAACGUUCACGGCAGCAGCAGCGGUCAAGCACCAGCCUCUUCCUCGGGACCCAACCACCAUUACAACAACAAUAACAAGGCUCGUGGGCCCUCGGGAGGAGGGCAAAACAGGUACCACCAGAGAUCAAGUGGAUAUCACCCACCAAACCGCGGUCAAGGAGGUGGUGGUGGAUAUGCAGCAGGUCCAUAUACGGCUGCCCAACCGCGGGGCCCACCUUAUGGUGCGGGUCCUCGUGGUGGUACAAGUAGUCAUCCGCAACAAGGUGGUGGUCAGUAUGGUGGUGGAGGAGCAACGGGUUCUGGGGCUGGCCGCGGAGGAGGUGGAGGCAGUGGAAACCGAAACAACCAGCAGUUAGGUUGGCAGCAGUGAUAAAAGGGAGGAUUAACAACUACCACUACCACUAGUUUUCUAAGUAAUUUCCACUCUUGUUUUGUAUACUUAUAUAUGAACCAUGAAAUUAUUCUCUACUCUGUUUACUCACUUUUUUGGCUUUCAUAAUUGUAAUUUUCUUUUCUUUUUUAAUGAAAGGUUAAGUUUUUAUUAAUA